AGGAGGGCGCUGCGCAUGCGCCGGAAGCCGACGGCGGGGAGUGGCCGACUUCCCCCGGCUCUGCAGCACCCAAGAAACCCCCAAGGACCCCCCGCCCGCCCCCUCCCCCUACCAGGACCGGCCUGGGAGUACCUGGAGAGCGAAGAAUACCGGGCCACCUACGGCGACAAGCCCGUGUGGCACGGCUACCGCUGCAGCCACAAGGGAUCUGUCCCCCCCCAGCGCACCCGCAAGGCCUGUCUGCGCCGGGGGAGCCACGUGGGGAACCCCUGCCCCAUCUGCCGGGACCGGAACCUGCUCGUGGAUUUUCGGAAUGUGAAGCUGCUGGACCAGUUCAUCUGCCCCCACUCUGGCGUCAUCUUCCACCCCAUCCACACAGGGAUCUGCAUGAAGCAGCACAAGCGCCUAUCCCAGGCCAUUGCCCAAGCCCAGGACCACGGUCUCCUGUGGCUCCACGUCCCCUUCGUGCCGGUCCCUGACGAGGAUUUCUCCAACCAACACGCGGCUGUGGGGAAAACGCCACCGGCGCCUGCCCUGAAGGGGCCGGGCCAGGCCUGGUACCCCUGGUAUGAGUGCAGCAGCCCCCUGCCACCGAGGUGGCCCGGAUGCGCCGCCUUUACCGGGGAUUCCUCAAGGAGAAUUACCCCGAUACCCCCCAAGCCCAUCGGGGGAAUAAAACGUUCAAAAAUCCUCCCCCAAAACUCUUCGUUUUCCUUGUCUGGGAAACUGAGGCACGGGGCCAAAAUGGCGGCCGAGCCGCAAAAUGGCGGCGUGUAGAGGGAGAGUAUAUCC